UUGCAUGUGGUGUAAUGGAAAGCAGAUCAAUUACGGUGCAUCAGGUGGGUGUUCUUUCGGCUUUGAAAUUUAAAGUGAAUUUUUAAAAUCCCUGUAAAAUCAUGCAAAACUUAAUUUUUGUAAACUUUCUGUAAUUUGUAAAGUCGUGCAAAACUGAUUUUUUUUAAGACAGUGAUUCACUUAUUUUCCCCAGUUUUCUUUGGAUUCAAAUGUAUUAAGUUAGAGCUAAAUAACAUGUAUCAAAUUCAAGAGUAGAGGCUAGAGUCGUUAGACUUCGUAGACUGUAAUUGGUAUAACUUGGCCUUUUUAGGCUUUGAUUUUUUUUCUUCAUUAUUUGUGUUUGUUCCCAUAGAGAACAAGCACAAAAAUUAUAUGUUUCGUGGACAUUAGUAGCUAGAGCCUAGAGUCCAAGCCGAGUUGUAGAUUAUCAUUAACUUUAAAAAUUAAGUCGCCGAUAGACUGAGGCCAUGGAGGCAUAGUAGACUCUCGACCCUAGACUUUCUUUUGGUUCCACUGUUUCAGAAUGAUGUGUAAUGUUCGGCCUACAUUUAUUCGUUACGAAGUUCCAACAAAAAUGUUAUACGGUAUAACUUACACCUAUAAGUGAUCUAUCUUUCGUGCAGGAUUCAAAGCACUGAGAGGUCAUGCAACAUCAAAAGGCCACAGACAAUGGCGUGGAGCAAGAAAGGGAGCUCAACUGUUGCCCUCUGUUUUUCAGGCUGCAGCUCAGAAAGAAUGUGCUGUCCCCACACCAGAAACUGCAGCCGCAGCACCCAGUACCUCAUGCUCAUCACUUGGUUCAGGGAUACCGUAUGGGGCACCUCCCAAUGUUCAUCCUGCCACUGAAACUUGUAAGCAAACAAGUUGCUACUCCUGAAACGGCCCACUUCUACAUCAUCAUGUACUUCACCGCCUGGUUUAUGGAUGCUGUAUGUGGAGCGCGCUACGACUGCCACUGGAUCGAGACUCCCAACCCCUUUGUGCACCUGAAAGAUAGGAUAUCACAUGCUGAAGGACGGACUUUAGCCUUCAUGGCGGAACACAAUUACAAGCUGAGCGAUGCUCCACAUCUUGUUGCCUAUGCCAAAGAAAUGUCCCAGGACAAAAUGGCCCUUGAUGGUGUACAACUGGGGAGGGCUUCCGCUACAUAUAAAAUGGUCCAUGGCAUUGGGGCUGUUGCCCGGAAGCGUCUUGUCUAUCAGAUGCAGACCAACUGCUUUUCCUUGAAUCUUGAUGAAGCAACAAGUAAUAAUAACAAGAAAGUUCUAAGUGUUAUGGUAGCCUAUUUCUCCCCAGAAAAAGGAGAGACAAUUGUUCAGCACUACAGUUCAUUGACUCUUACCAUUGUCAGUGCCAAAACUAUAACUGAUUCAAUAGUAAAACUGUUGAAAGAUGACAACAUUCCUCUGUCCAAUUUUAUUUCUGUGCUAUGUGAUUCCGCAAACUACAUGAGAGGGAAAAAAGGAGGGUUUGAAACCCUCCUGCGUCAACAUCAUGCCAACCAUUUGCUUGACAUCGAUGGUGAUGUAUGUCAUCAUAUACACAAUGCCUCCCGUAGGUUUUGCAGUCACUUCAACAAUGUUGUAGAGAGACUGGUUGAUGACUUGCACACCGAGUUCAAGUUUUCUACUGAUCUACGGCAAUACUUAGAGGAAAUCUGUAACAUUCUUCAAUGCAGCUUCCACAUCCCAAAACAAAGAGGACCACACAGAUGGCUGUCAGUUCUUGAUGUCUUACAACCCAGUGAGGAAAUGCUAGAUGCCUUGACUGUUAUGUAUUCAGCAUGGUUGCCCCGGAAUGAGAGAGAAGUCUACCAAUCUGUCCUCGAUGAGAUUAUGGAAGGUGUUUCUACAAGUAACCUGAGCAAGCUUUCCAAAAUCAUCAAAGUCUGUAGGGAAAAAAACCUCACAGAAGAUGGAAGAAAGAGGAAAAAACGCAUCGUUGAACGGAUCUUCUACACAAGAAUAGAUACUUUCAUCCAUAUCCACUUGUAUCUGUCCCUACUUCCCAUGUUCAAAUCUUUCAUCAUAACUUUCGAACAGAGAGCACCAAUGGUGCACAGAGCACACGAGGAGCAUAUGGAGUUAGCCACCCACUUUUUGGCAUGUUUUGUGAAGACUGAAAAGAUCAAGAACAUCACAGCACAACAAAUCAAAUCGUUACAGAUUGAUGCAAAGGAGAACUUGGAAGAUUUGAGCAACAUGUACAUGGGAUCAAAGGCUAAGAAGCUUCUUGCUAAGAAAAAGCACUCAAAGUCUCAAUUUCUGGAAAAACUUCAAACAGCCUAUAUUGACAGUGGAAAGUACUUGGUGAAUAAACUUCCCUUGGUGAAUGUAACACUGCAGAGGUUAGCUGCUGUUGAUCCAAUCGCUGUGUGCUCUGGCAGAUCUGAAUGUACAAACACAAUGAAGAAGUUAGUUCAUCACUUUCCUACAGUGAUAUCAAGUGACGAAGACAAGGAUGCAUACAUACAUGAAGUGUUAAGGAUUAAUAGUGAUCCUAUGUUGCCACCUGCUUUUGUUGAUGAAAAGGCAGUUCGUGCAGAUCACUGGUGGGCUGCUGUUGUAGAUGGGUAUCCCAUGUUGGGGAAAGUAGUCAAGGCAUGCUUGUCCAUCAUUACAGCGCCUGUAGUAGAGCAGCACUUUAGCCUUAUGAACAAUUACAUAAACCAAAAGACUAACCGACUAGAGAUAAAAACUUUCAGUGCUGUUCAGACAGUGAAGUUCCAUCUGCAGUCUGAGGGAAAAUCCAGCUUGGAACUCUUUCACCGACCCAAUGUGCUCCAUUCUCCAGUAGAUACUGCAUUAUGUUAUCACUUGCAGACCUCCUGGUCAAAAUUCAAGAAGGCCUCCAAGACCAAGCCAGGCUCUGACGUACCACCAGAACAAGCUGCAAAGAAAUCGGUCCAAACGAAAGCAGCAGAACUUAGAAACUUGGUCAUGCUGCCAAAAAACCUCAAAAGGAAGAACAUGACAAAGUCUGGAUCAGCCAAAAAGCAGAAAAAACAUGUAGCUGCUACACUCACUACCACAAAAUGAAAACUGCAAAUUUUCCUGUAUUUUCAGCUGAAAACCUAUUUGCUACCAUGAAAUAUGUGUUCUCUGGUGCGUAUUCAUCAAUU